CCCCUGAUUGGUAGGGGCGAGCAUUUCAAAGGCCAGCCGGCUGGAGGAGGAGAUGGAUGGACGAUUAUGCUAAUAGAGAGAGAGAGAGGGACCCGCCUCUCUCCCCUGCCGUACUAGGGGAGCCGGGGCUGAACUGCAGCGAGGCGAAGAGCGAGGCAAGGUACAAAAGAGAGGCUUGGAUUGGGAGCGAGGCGCUCAAGCAACCAGGGGCCAGAGAUCCUCGUCGCCUUUGCCCGGAGCAGAGGUGUCGCUGGCUUGGAGACCUCGCCUCCGUUGCAUGAGAGGAUUUCCCCAGCCUUGGAAAUCGGUGAAGAACUUUUCGUAAAGGAGCGAAGCACAGCCCAUCUUCCCUCCUGAAGGGUUCUAAGAAAAGAAAAGAAAACUUUAGUUUUUCAUUUUGGGAAAGCAGAGAGAAAACUGGCUCCAGCAGAUAGUCCUUCGGCUGAUCCGCCGUGACGAGAGGAGGGAAAGAGUUUACAGCCGCGCAUCCCUCUCGCUCUCCUCGGAGAACAUGAACAGGGCAAGGAGAUUCUCCGGGGGGGCUUUCUCGUGCGCGUCGAUCUCUUUGCUGUGCGUCGGGACGCUGGUUUGCCUGACCGAUGCCAAAGGGACCUAUUAUCGCCACCCUGUGCCCAUCCCUUACGGCAACAGAUAUAACCUCUAUACCUCAGGAUCUAGGCCCCAGCUCACGCCGGGAAAACCCAUGGGAAAGCACAAGAGCUACUGUGCAUAUGUGGUGCAGAGGAAUAUAACUUGCACCCUUCAGGAUGGAGCAGAGAGCUAUGUGAAAGCCGAAUAUCACAAGUGCAGUUGGGGACCCAAGUGUCCUGGGAAAGUCCUGUACCACACAUUCUUCAGACCUAGGUACAAGAUUGGCUACAAGACGGUGACUGAGAUAGCAUGGAGGUGCUGCCCAGGCCUCAUGGGAGAAGGAUGCCAUGACAACCCUACUGACCAGCCAGGGCUUCUGCCCCAGCACCCCAGCCCUAAGAUGCCUCCUACACAGAAGAUGUUCCCAGGUCCUAGAGUUCCCCCUCAUCCCAAAAUUCAUACAGACUCAUUUCCAGGACUAAAGAAGAAUCAUUAUGGUCGAAAAAUACCUAAUUUGUUUGGAGACCGACUGGAUCGGCUAGAGGAAGAAGUCAGGCGUCUCUCACAGUCCUACGACAGCCUGCACAACAUGGUGAGUGGCCUGGGGGACCACUUGCGGCUCACCAUCCAGGAGGACACCAGUAAGAUGAUUGGCUCCCUGAUGAACAGCCCAAAUGUGCCAGACACAACCAUGGGAUUUGGAAUCAUUCCUGAUGGGAUUGUACAUGCAGCAGACAAAGCUGACCUCUCCCCUUAUCCACCAGUGGGUGAGAUCCUAAGCAAAGUGACUGAGGUGAGUGACUCACUGAAAACCAAGACUGACUUGCUAGAUGAGGUGCACGGCAUGGUGCUGAACCAUGAUGGGCAGAUCAAACACCUGCUGGAGUCAGCUCGGCCUUCUCCCCUCACCUCCAUUGAUAUGCUAGAAGAAUAUGUGGACAGCAGGCUUAGCAACCUGCGCAUGGAGCUGCUGGAUGGCUUUGAGAAGAAACUGGUGAACAUCCAGAGCACGUGUGAUUAUCGGAUCAAGGAAGUUCAGCAACAAUGUGAAGAAGGAAAGGCUUCCAACCUCCAUCUUCAGCAGACCCUAGAUGGAAAAGAGCUGGAAAUAAAGAAGGAAAUCUCCCAACUGGAAACCCAGAUCCAAGGGCUGACCAUUGUGGAAAGCUGCUGUAGCAACUUGAACUACCUCACCAAACGGAUGGAUAUCCUGGAGAAGGGCUUGCACAGUAUUUCUGAGUCUCAGAAGAAUCUGCACUCCAGGUUGGACAAUGAACUUUCUACUAUUACCUUGGGGAACAUCUUUGAAGGGCGCUUUGAGGACCUUGAAGCCAGACUGAAUUUCACAGAAAGGGGAACAGGAAGCUGUUGCUCCAGUGUGGAGGACAGUAUGAGAGGUCUGAUGGGAUCAGAGCUGGAUGGCACAAGGACAUUGUUUGAGGACAAAAUAAGAACCUUGGAGGAGAGAUUUAUGACCGUUGUUGAUGUGAAUAAUGUCAGCUCCACAGUGGCACUAGAUGGCGCUGUAAUGCCCCUGUUGGAAGGAGAGCUUGCUAUCAUAAGGAAGGGAAUGGAUGAGAAGAUGGAAGUACUACAGAGCCAGAUGGCCACCUUGGAGAGCACGUGCUCACUGGGUUGCAUAUCCACUUCCAAAGAUGUAGAGAUAUUUCGUACAGAAAUUGAGGAUUGCCAGAGCAAGAACCAGGAUUUACUGCUCAGAAUGGACAGCAACUCUGACCUGCUACGGAAACUUAAUGCUACCAUCUUGGAGAUCCAGAGGCGGAUCGAGGAGGAAGCAGCUGAGUCUUUGCAAGGCGAGAUAACUCUGUUGAAGAUCAACCUGAACACCAUGAGCAAGUCCCUAACUGGGCUGAAGGAUUCUGUUUCCCAGUACUCGGACACAGUGCUCCAUGUCAACUCAUCUCUGGACGAACGUGAGCGCAAAAUGGAAGAUGAGGUCCACUCAAUUCAAGAGAAGAUCAACAACCAAGGCUCCCGGCUUCUGUUCAGCAACAAGCGUGUCCUAAACCUAAAAGGAGACCUUGAAAGACUCAAGUCCAGAAUCAUAAAUGAUUUGAGCAACUGCAAGAAUGUGGCUCACGGCCUGCAGAAAGAAGUACUCCAGUUUGAUGAUCGUGUGGCCCAGGUGGAGGACAUGUGUGGCAGACUGGGCACAGUAACGGGGAGUCUGGACCACAUCAGAAAUGAGUUGGAAAACAAUGCAGGAACUAUGUGGGGCUACAUGAACCAUAUGAAUGAAACCUUAGCUUCCCACUCUCAGGAAAUAACUCUACUCAAGGAUAACUUGUUGGAUUGCCAGGCAAAAGUUACAGAACUAGCUGAAGACAUCAGCCUCUUAGAAAGUAAGUGUCAAGGCAACCAGCAUUAGCUUUAUCAAACCCAAAGUGCAACUAACUUAUAUCAUGCAGACUCCAAAGGGAUGAUACCAGGAUUUUAUUUUAUUUGGAGAGUGAGGAGGUUACUAAAUGUUAAAAGCUGCUAUAAUCCCUUCUCUCAUUUCUUUCCUAAAGAAUGAUAUUUUUCACUACAGCUUAAGUUGUACAUUUGCCAUUACUGUAUUCUCUGUGGACAUUUAGCAGCUGUACACAUGUAGCAAAGUGCCUUUCCAUAGAUGGAGUCAUGCUUGGGUUGCAUUUCCAGUAUGCAGUUCAGUUCAGGAAGAAACUGGAGACAGACCUGUCUAAUGGGUUCUUUGCUUUGGGAAUAAUGAAAAACCCGAUGUUUAAGAGCUGGGAUGCAGAAAAUCAGUUCCUGUUGAAUAGACCCAUCUACUGGAACCAAAGGUCUGGUUCAGGGACCUUUUGAAGCAAUACCGCUAGCCAAGAGGAAGUCUGAUUUCUGCGAAGACUUUCCCCUGCUUCCAUUUUGUACAUAUGUACAAAAUCUGAACUGGAAUUCUUCAUGGCAGCAUUGACUGAUACAAGUACAUGGGACACUCCAUUGAGAAGUCAACAGGUAUUGUAUAGGUGCAUCCAAAAAGAAAACACCCUGUAUGCACAAUCAUCUUCCCCAUUGCAUGAAUCAUUGCAAAAUUCAGGACAGAUUUCUCACAACUGGUAUUUUCAAGUGCUGUGUAUGCUGACUGCUUUUUGCAUGAAGGAAGGUGAAUAGGUGGGGGGGGAGAGGAAGAGAACUGAAUGCACCAGCUUCUUAGGGCCAAAGUAGAAUAUGCAUUAGCUCCAUAUCUGUUUGUAAGUGCAGGGUUUGUUUUUUUUUUAAACACAUGUUGCUAGCAUGGGACCCCUGAUCUGGAUCCAGCCCCUGGAAUGGAAGGUAUGAAGGCCUUGGCCCUGCCCGAUCCAGAUCAGCUUCCCACACACAUUAUUUGAAUAGGAAAAAGCUCCCAUUGAAGUAAAACAGGGGUUCUUUUCCCCCUAUGCAAACUGCUGAUGGAGAGAACUUAGUCCUAAGGGUUAAAGUCUUCCUAUCCCCAUGCGAGGGACCUGAUCCUGAUCAUAGGGCCUGUGGUGGCCAACUGUGUUGAAAAUAACCUGAACUCAAGGACACAGAUACAGAGCUAAUGUAUCUUUAAGUUUGGCCCAUAGAUGGCUUAGUGUAAGCUUAGGGGCUGGUGGAAGAAAUACAUGACCUUAUAAGUAUAGUGCUGUAAGAACAGUAUACCGUCGCUCCCUGCCCUUGCAAGGAAAAAAGGAAGGAAGGAAGGAGACCUGUAGCUGCAAAAGAUACAAGACCAACCUGUUUUGAAAAAAGUUCCUCAUCAGGGGCACUCUUGAAUAACGUAUGACAGGCCUAGAGUUUUGUUCAGCUGAGCUCUACUCAGAGUAGACCCAUUGGAAUUAAUAACUCUAAGUCAUGUUUAUUAAUUUUUGUGAGUCUACUGUGAGUUUGACUAACACUGGAUACAGCCCCCCCAGUUUCUUUACACUGUUGCAAAAUAUUGUGCAAAGAGAACAGGAGCCCUGAGGAAGAACUCAGAUGAAAACACAUUGGGCUAAAUAAAUUCUCUUAUGCAGCUGAAGACUUGUUUCCUUCCCAUUUGCCCUAUGAUUUGUGCCUUCCCACCUUUUCUUGCUUGCUCCCUGCCCAUGUGCCAAAAUAAAGUGGUCUACACAAAACAUCUACCCAUGUGAAGACUACAUUAAACAGCUGGAUGUAGCUGUUGCUAUUAUAUAAUGUAGAGAAUAUGGUCCAAAUGCAUAGCGAGUCAUUGUAUGCAAUUUCCUAUGUUCCUGUGAUGGGAUGAGCAAGGAAGUCUGCUUCUAACAGGUGGCCCUAUGAAUAGUCUUGCAUUUUCAGUCACACAUUGUGAGGGGCAUUCCCCAUUUGGAUUCAUCUCUCAGACCCCGCCAGUCAUCAUUAGUUUUGCCAAAUUCAACCUGCUCUACCCUGAACUCCCUUUAUCAAAGUGAGAAUGCUCUCAACCUUAUCAAUGAUCAUUCAUCUCACUUGUGGGAAUCUCUUAUUGGACCUCAUGUUUGAUAUUUAUUGUCACCACCUCAGCUGCAUUUUUUGUUUUAAAAAUGUAGGUCAUUUAUCUAGACAAAACAUAAGUAUUCACAAGUGUUCGAAUGCUACCCAUCCCAUUUCAUAACAUCUAUCCUCAAGCCUGGCAACUAGAUGCUAAACAUAUUUACUUGGAAGCAAGUUCCAUUGAUGUAAAUUAAACUUUCCUCCAAGUAACUACAUGUUUAGGCUUAUGAACGUAAGAUUUGCUUUACUGCAUCAGACCAAGGAGCCAUCUAGUCCACCGAUGUGGAACCUGCGGCCCUCCAGAUGUUGUUGGACUCCAGCACUAGGGAUCAAAGGAGCUGUCAGUGUUGGUUCUUUCCAUUUCUCAUUUGUUCCAAUCUUAAAAUCAGUUCUCCACAUUUCUGCAGCAAUUUGCAAAUUCUUUUUUUUAAAAGAUAUGAAAAUUCUCCAGCAUUUCAGUGAGAAUGUCUCCUACUGAACAUAUUCUUGUAUGCAGUUUUGACUAAUGUACACAUUUUGCAAGCAAAUUCUCACCAUAUAAUGCAUUUGGUAUGCUAUUUUUGCUAAUACAUUCCUCUUUUUUUGCACACUUUCCUCUAAUACAUGCAUUUUUGCAAACAUUGCUAAGGUGGAGAACUGCAUCACAAAAUUCAGAUAUGUGCAAAUUUUGAAGGUUCUCAUGUUGUGGUUCUCAUGUUGUUUUGGAAAGUGCGGAUUUGAUCAGUUUGGCUUUAAAUGUGAACUAAAUGGAAAUUCUCACUCAUCCCUAUCCAACACCCAUCAUCAGCCCCAGUCCGUAUGGUCAGGAAUGACGGGAGUUGUAGCCCAACAACAUCUGGAAGGCCACAUAUUCUCCAAUCCAGUUCUUGUCAAACAUUAUAUUUUCAGUAAUGGCCAUCCCAUGUAUCAUGGGAACUUCACUAACGGGACAUGAUAUAACAGCCAUAUGUCAAUUGCCUCCAGCAUCCAGGGACAUGAUGCUUCUAAUCAUGGAGACACUAUUUGGCUAGUCUAACCUCCCCCUUAAUUAAAAAGCUCUACAAGCUAGUGGCCAUCACCACAUGCUGCAAUGAUGAACUUUGUAAUUAGCACACUUUGUGAAGUACUUUCUUGUGUGUAGCCCUAGUCCUCUCAAAACCUCAGCCUGAAGUCUGUGUGUGCUGAGAGAUGGAGAAAUACAAGCUCACCUGAAACAUCUAUCCUCUGUAACCAUCUCAGGUAGGACUGUGGGUGAAGCAUAUGCACCCUGUCAUGUUUCAAUCCACUUACUAUGUGCAUCACCCAAAACCAGCAUAGUAUCAACACAUCUACAAACAGCAGGUUGGGCUAGCCAAAGACAUUUUACCAAGCAUCCACUGCCUGGAACCACCUCACUUUGCCUAUCAGCCUAGGAGACUUGCACCACUGCCAUAGAAAUACCAUGGGCAUACAAAGCAGCACCAUAGCAAGUGCAUUUAGAUGUGACAGGCUGUACAUUGGAUGCUCACCAAUGGACCAUAUAUUAAGCUGGGCCUCCAUUUGAAAGUUGGGAUUAAAGUAAUCUGAGCCACCACAAUCCUUUAAAAACCAAAGCUUCUUGUUUGAAAGUAUAUCACAGCAAACAGAAACUGUCCUAAUCUACUGCCUAUUUCUUAUAGAUGGGGGGUAGGGAUGAUUGGGAAAAAAGAGUUAUGUGUCUCAGCAAUGGUGCUAAUGUCUGCAUUUGUUCUUGCCCAGAAACUUGAAGAUUUUGACAGUUUUCAUAGGUAUCUGUUCUGAGAUAGCCAGGUUUAAAAUACUUUGUGGUUGUUUUCAAGGAACAGGGCAUUGUGUCACUUCUGAAGAAGGACGCCAAGUUCAGUUGCUGGUCCUGAUGGGAUUUUUGUCAAUACUGGUAACAGAUCCUGUUCAGUCCAGUUUGUGUUUUUUAAAAAAGAUAUUGUGCAUUUUGUACAGAUUGUAAAAGGUGAAAGACUGUACUGUUGGGCAGGAGGAAGACUCUCACCAGGCCUUCCACGAUUGCAUUACUGUAUCUUCUAAACAUAAAAAGCAAAAAAAAAAAAAAGGCCUACAAAGCAUGAGGCUUGAGUUACUGAGAAAAUGAAACAGUACAUGUCAAUAGUUUGUUUUCCAGAUUGCUGAGAUAUGUGGAUAAGCAGGGAUAGGUUUGUAGCAAUGACAAUAUCUGUAGCUGCUACCUGC